GCUGCGCGGGCAGGUCGGGGCAGGCUGGCCGGGCGGGGUCGGGAGCCGAGUCCGCAGCCUUAGCCGCGCCGGAGCGGAGCGAGGACACCGAGGCCCCGCCCCGGCCGCCGGUGGCGCCCCGACCUCCGAGCCGCGCCGCAGAUACAGCCGGAAACUGGCCCCGCCGGAGCCGGAGCGCCAACCUAGUGCCACCUGAUCCCGAGUCGGAGCCACACGAACCGGAGUCGGAGUCCGAGCCCCAGUCCGGGCCGUCCGAGCCCGGCCUGCCAUGGCGGGGCCGCGGGGCGCGCUCCUGGCCUGGUGUCGCCGCCAGUGCGAGGGCUACCCCGGCGUGGACAUCCGCGACCUGAGCAGUUCCUUCCGGGACGGCCUGGCUUUCUGCGCCAUCCUGCACCGGCACCGGCCAGACCUGCUCGACUUCCAGUCUCUCUCCAAGGAAAAUGUCUUCGAGAACAACCGAUUGGCCUUUGAAGUGGCUGAAAAGGAACUGGGCAUCCCUGCUCUCCUGGACCCCAAUGACAUGGUCUCCAUGAGUGUACCUGACUGUUUGAGCAUCAUGACCUAUGUCUCCCAGUACUACAACCACUUCACAAGUUCUGGCCAAGCUGCUGCCUCACCACCCAAACCAGGAAAGGACCCAGCAUCCCCCUCCCCCACAUCCACAUCACCUGCUGUGCAGCCAGGAGAGGAGGCUCAGGGUGAUGACCUCUCCCCAGACAGCCUGUCCGAGCAGGGCAAACAGCAGCCCCCGAGCAGUGCAUGUGCAGCCUGUGGGCAGCGGGUACACCUGGUUCAGCGGUACUUGGCGGAGGGCAGGCUCUACCACCGGCACUGCUUCCGAUGUCGGCAGUGUUCCAGCACACUGGUCCCAGGCUCUUACAGUAGUGGGCCCGAGGAAGGCACCUUUGUGUGUGCAGAACGCUGCACCAGGCUGGGUCCCGGAGGCCGGUCAGGAACUAGGCCCCCUUCACAGCAAAAGCAGCAGCUGGCAGCAGAAGCCAAGGAUGGAGAGGAUAGAGACCUGAGCCCGAGUGUGGCUGUGGUGGCUGAGGCAGACGGGCUCCAGGCCAGCUCAGAGGUACAGCCCCAUACCUUGACCAAGCCGCCUCUUCCCAGCAAGCCUCAGGAGCUGGCCAGUCCCCCGGUUGGCCGGCCCACACCUGCCCCCAGGAAGGCUUCCGAGAGUUCAGCCUUAACACCCCCAACACCUCGGCCUCGGUCUAGCCUGCAGCAAGAUGGCAUGGUGGAGCAGGGUGUCAGCAGCGGCCUUGUGAACGGAAGACUUCAGGAACCGCCUGUUCCCAAGCCAAGAGGGACACCCAAGCUGUCAGAGAGGAUGCCGGCACCAAGGAAGGAUCCCCCAUGGAUCACAUUGGUGCAGACAGAGCCAAAGAAGAAGCCAGCCCCACUGCCCCCUGGCAGCAGUCCUGGGCCACUGAGUCAGGCCUGCAGGCAGGUGGAGAAUGGAGGCUUGGAGGAAAGGACCCAGAACAGCCCAGGAGCCGAGCCAGAGCCCAAGCCCUACAACCCCUUUGAGGAGGAAGAGGAAGAAGAGUCUGCCCCAGCAGUACCCAGCCCUGCUCCAGUCCCAGCAGUACCCAGCCCUGCCCCAGCCCCACCAGAGGCCACCCCCAAGUCCCUGCACCCCUGGUACGGCAUCACUCCCACAAGCAGCCCCAAGACAAAGAAGCGCCCUGCCCCGAGAGCACCCAGCGCUUCCCCACUUGCCCUCCAUGUCUCCCGCCUGUCACACUCGGAGCCUCCUUCAGCUACGCCGUCACCAGCCCUUAGCGUGGAGAGUCUGUCAUCCGAGAGCUCCAGUCACACUGCCAAUGUGGAGCCUUUGGAGCCGCCUGCUGUACCCAAGAGCUCCUCGGACCCUGCUGUGCAUGUGCCUGGUACCCCUGGCACAUCUGGGAACUCUGUCACCCCUUCAGCCAACUCUUCCCUGUCAUCUUCCGGGGAGCUAGGGCAGCCUAGUGGUGAACAAACGCCACAGGCCAGGACAAAGGGCAGCCCAGGUUCCCAUUCUACCAAGCCCUUCAGUGGUGCCACCCCUACCCCCUUCUUGUUGGCUGGAGACCGGAACCCUGCACCUUCCGCGGGGAGUUCAUCCCCACAGCUGCAGAUCAAGUCUUCCUGCAAGGAGAAUCCUUUCAACCGGAAACCAUCUCCCUCCGCAUCUCCAACUGUAAGGAAGGCCACCAAAGGAGCCAAGCCUGUGAGGCCACCUGCCCCCGGACAUGGCUUCCCACUCAUCAAACGCAAGGUCCAGGCUGACCAGCAUAUUCCUGAGGAGGACAUCUACGGUGAGAUGGACAAUAUUGAGCGCCAACUGGAUGCCCUGGAACACAGUGGGGUUCUGUUGGAGGAGAAGCUGCGUGGUGGAGCAAAUGAGGGCAGCGAGGACGACAUGCUGGUGGACUGGUUCAAGCUCAUCCACGAGAAGCAUCUGCUGGUGCGCCGAGAGUCGGAGCUCAUUUACGUCUUCAAGCAGCAGAACCUGGAGCAGCGGCAGGCUGAUGUGGAGUUUGAACUCCGGUGCCUUCUCAACAAGCCAGAAAAGGACUGGACAGACGAGGAUCGGGCCAGAGAGAAGGUGCUGAUGCAGGAACUCAUGACCCUCAUCGAGCAGCGAGAUGCUAUUGUUAACUGCCUGGAUGAGGACCGGCAGAGGGAAGAAGAGGAAGACAAGAUGUUGGAAACUAUGAUCAAGAAGAAAGAUUUCCAAAGAGAGGCUGAGUCUGACAGUAAGAAGAAGGGCAAGUUCAAGACCAUGAAGGUGCUGAAGCUUCUGGGAAACAAGCGAGAAGCCAAGAGCAAGGCCUCUGGGGACAAGAGCUGACAGCAAAGGAAACCGCCUUCCUUUCCUCUCCUGGAGCUUUGAGGCCAGGGAGCACUCUGCUGCCUGUGGACCUACCAAGGGGGAUAAUGACCUUGGGAGGGAGUCUCUGGGUGACCUUUGCCCUCCUCGGUGGUCUCCAGCUGGUCUGGGCUAAAGAUUUUUCCCUCUUCCCUGUGUCCCAGACAGCUGUGACUUAGCCCUGCCCACUUGGCAUCUGACACCAGAUGCUGUGACGUGUCUGGGGGCAAGCAGGAAUGCCUGCUCCAGAGGCAGAGGCAGUGGCUCUCCUCGUGCUCUCUGAACCAGGCCAGAUGGGGUCCUUAUCAGUCCUGCUCACAGCAGGCCCUGGCUAAGGACUUGUGUACCUUGUAGAAGGCCAGCAGCAAGGUUGGCUACCUAGCUUCUUCCUUCUCAGCCCUGACCCUUAGUCCCUGCCUUCCUGUCUAGCACAGAUGCCCUUGAAAAUCAUGUCACCUAUUUUGGGAGCUGUAUUUAUGAAGUCUCACGUCCAGCCUCUCAGUGAGUGCUCUGUGUUGUGUCGGAAGGGAACGGGCUGAUAAUGAGUUCUGUUUCUUCUCCUUCAUCUCCCUCGCUCUGUGGGAAUCCUCGUGUACCACACAGGGACCUGCUAGCUGUGUUGGGGCAGUCACUCAGGUCAGCCUAGGAAGGUAUGCUUGGGGUAGGUGUCCUAAUCCAGGCUUUCUGCCCACCCCAUGCCCAGGGGAUGGGCCCAUUCCUUUUUGUGGUUGGUGCAACCUGUCUUUUCUGUUGUCUGUUCCCUCCAAGGUCUGCUGGCCACUCACCACCGAGUGGCUCUGGGAGAAGUGGUGGGAUCUCUCUUUUCAUUGGGGACUGUGCCAGGCAGCUUAUGGUCCAAGCACUGUUCUUACACUCUGGGACUUCAGAGUCCCUGCCUCUGUGCAUCCUGGGAAGGAACUCACUGUAUCUCAGUUGCCUGCGCUCUGCAGCCUUGGGCACAGCCACAUCUGUGCCCUCUUGCCUGUCUGGGCUGUCCACUCAUUUGAGAACCUGACCCAUGUAGCCUUCAGUAGUCUCUCUCUCCAGAUACACUUGCUGUCCUGGAGCCAGGGCCACCACCUCAGGAGCCCUAUGACCCAGUUGCUGUGAUCCAAAGAGGGCUCUCCCAGGCUGUCUCGGUGUUAAGAAAGGUUCACGUGCCAGUAGAACAGAACAGCCUCUCUCAGUCACUUGUCCUCUGAACAUGGGCCCAGGGUUGUCGGAUCAUGCUCAUUUUUCAAAAGAAAUCCAGAAUUCAGUUCUCCUACAGGCAUAAGUUGUACAUGUUGACAUCAAAAUUGAGUUUGUCACAGUAGGCUACACUUGUCCUGGGUUUUCCAUUGUGCUAGGCCUGCAAAUUAGAGGGCUUGCCCUACUGACUGAACCUUUAUCUGCUGCACAGUAGACAUGUUUAUUCUAUGACAAGAACACGGGUCAUAUGUUCUAUUGGAAUUAUGGGAACGUCCAGCAUGUGCAGGAAAUCUCAUUUAUGGGGACAGGAAAGUGACAAUACUGGUGAAGGUCAGGCUGCUCAGUGUCAACAGCCUAAAGAAAGGACACUGAUGUGCAGUGUGCCAGCUGGGGAGCACGGGGUGCACUAGGUGGGGAGUGGGUGUGCCAGCUGGGGAGCACAUGGUGCACUAGGUGGGGAGUGGGUGUGCCAGCUGGGGAGCAGGUGGGGUAUCAUCAGGUGCUCAGCAGGCUGCUUUCCUUGUCAGGUGCUGCUUGACCUUCAGGCUGAGGCCUCAGGGGCACUUAAAAGGAACUGUGGCAUCUACCAGGGCCCUUUCAGUACGGAUCCUCCAUUUACAUUUUUUCCCCAUAGUCUCUGACCUUAGCCCUGAUUGGGUACUCUGCAGGUAACCCCUGGAUGAAGUGUCUUGUGAACUUGUUUCCACACCGUACGUAGUCCUGAAGGUUAGCGCUGGCUGCAGGCUGUUUGUGAACCUUGUUUCCCCUUUCUUCUGGAAAUUUGCAAACAGCAGUUAGAUCCCAUCUACCCAGGACAGGUUCUGCUUCUGAACAAAUAAGCAUUAUCCCUGGGGAGACAAGGUGGCACAUGGCAUGGGCAAGUGAAAUGUGUUUUAUUAGCCAGUUAAUCAUUGUGGUUAAAAAUCUGCCCAAGGCUACAAGAAGGCAAAGACUUAGAUCCUGAGGGAAGAUCUAAGAAAGGAAAGAAUCAUGUUCACUUUUAGGUUCAGAAAGGCAAAACAGAGCACCUGAGGCCAGCUGUGACAUCAGGAGAGCCAGAGAGAGGGUACCGUUAGGCACAUAUCCAAGGUGGUGAGCCUGGGCAUCACCACGGUGUGCCUGGGGCUUCCCCUAGAGAAGGCUUCAAUACAGUAGCUGUGACAGUACACGGAAGUCCCACUGAGGCCUCUACAUCCCGAGGCAGUGUCUAGGACACUGUCUCAUGUCCCAGGACAGUGCCAUGUCAUGAUCUGGCAUGGCCCCUGUGAGUGGGCAAGCCUGGAGGUGACACUGCUUGGCUGAGUGAAGGGCUCUGGUUCUGGUUGUUGUGCUGGGUUAGCAGUCUGACUGGGCGAGCCUGCCCUUGUCUUGGGUUAAGUGGUGGCGAGGGCCUUCCUAAGCUCCGUGCUUCUCUUGCGAUCAAUGUCCUCCAUUUCCUGUAGUUUCUGCAAAGAGCCACCAGGAAGAGCUGCUGUCAUGCCAGGACACCUGAGAUGCUAACUAUCCUAGUGCUGGCGGGGGCUCUUUCCAUUUGACUUUACCCUUCCCCUUUGGUGGGCUCCCCUACCUGGGAGAUUUCAGCCAGGAUGAUUCCUCGGUAUUGCUUGCCCUGUCCCAGAGCCUCCAUGGCAGCCAAGAAUUCUUUCCUGUCCUGGAUUUCCUUCACCACUGCACAGAGGGGAGGGGCCAUCAAUGCACCCGGCAGUUGGCGUACACAGGGUUCCAGGCCAUACAUGGUCCCUGAGGGACACUGGGUGUCUGUCUAUUUAGCCAUGUUGCGCUCUUGUUAUUACCAUCAGUUCUACACACACACACACACACACACACACACGAGUUGCUCACGUUCGUCAAAGCGGUCCAGCUCAGGAGCUGGGUCUUCUUGCCGCACAUGGGGAACCUUUUUCCGUUCCUCCAUGUCUUUCCCGUUGGCAAAGAUAUUUUGGAGUCUUCGCUUCUCUUUCUCCAGAUCUCCUGUGGGGCCCAGAAAUGAUCUUGCUAGGGUGCAGAGCAAGGCCUGUUCCCAUGUCCCCACCAGCUGUGUGCACUGUGGGUGUCUGGCUUGUGAGGAGUGGGCCUCUGAGAUCCCGUACUUCCCUGGCCGUUCCCGAGCAGAACAUGUCAGGCUAGCAGUGGAAACAACCAAGAACAAGCCAGUGCAGAGCUAAUGGAUAACCCAGAAAUGCAGGCCUCUGAAGUGGCCUGUGUGUAAGGAACUGUGGGGCACUAGUGGGUCUGGGCCAAAGGCACUGUUAGAGGAGGAGGGGCUCCCAGAUGUGGGCUCAAAUGCAGAGGAGAUGGACUCGAGGGAGCAAGAGGAUAUGAAGCUGACAGCCACAUGUCCCUCUGGGAUUGGGAAAACUGGAUUAAUUGGGAAAAAGUUCUAGGAAGACAAAGAGGGCCAUCUGACUGGUUUCCUGCCUGGGUUUGGUACCAGCUUACUUGAGUGAUGCUGUGCUGAUGUGACCCCAGAAGAGCCCUGAGCCCACCACUUACUGGUGGCCUGAGGCUUGAAUUGCUCUCGAUUGUAUGCCCCAUUGGCUUGACACAAGCUGGCAGGCCUGAGGUGCGAAUGGGUGGCCAGGAUAGGAGGCAGGUAGACAGCUGCAGCUGACUUCUUGGAGGGAGAGCCCCUCUGGCUGGAUGUCGGGUGGCACUGCAGGGGCAGAGGGGCUCCUCCUGGGAACACAGGGAGCAAGUGGGGGCACCUGUUUUGCUGGCUCUUUAAAGAAAAUAAAGUAGCUGCCAGAAGUCAGACUGUGGACAGUCUCCAAGUCCCUCAGAACCCAUUCCCCUACAAACUAUAGUAAGAAUUAGGUGGCUGCUCCUUGUUCUUGAAGCUUCUAAAACAUACCCGAGGAUGUUUUGUUUGGUUUUUACACAUAGGGUUCUUACACUGGAUCAUACCAUAUGGUCAAUAACAGAUCCUUUCCACUUACCAAUUUAUCAUGGCCAAGUUCCUAUUCGCACAUUCAUUUGUAACUUAUUUUUUAUAGCUGUGUACUAGUUGUUAGAAUGGUCACAUUAUUUAUUCAGCUAGUCCACUUCUGGACAUUCUGGUUGUCUCUGGGUAUUUUGUUUCUUUUUCGUUGGCUGGAUUUUUACUACUUCCAACAAUGCUGCAAUAAACAUUCUUUUACACUGAA